ACGUAAAACAAAGCAUGAACAGAAGAGGUGAAACAGUCAUCGGAGGCUGAAACUCAGACACCGGCGAGACAACUUCUGGCUUUAAUUAAAACAGGGAUGAAUUAGACACUGAUUGUCAGGGUUUAUUUACUGUAGUUUGAGCUCCUUGAAAGGAAGCGGCCUCUGAUGAAGAACAGAUCCGAACCCUGCAGCAUCAAAAUUCAAUCGAUUUUCUCACCCAGUGCACGUACAAGCACGCGCACCACUGAGCUUCCAACAUAUCAGUGAUUUCCUYCUUGCAGAUGGAACUGAGCAGGAGGAAGGUGCCUCUGUAUGGUGAGGCGAAGGUAUUUGCUCUACUGGAGGGCUUGGAGUCGGUGCCAGAAGAUGCUGAGGUUUAUGUUGUUCUGGAAGGAUCCACACUGGUCCAUGUAACCAGGGCUCAGAAUGAUGUCAUGCUCUGCUUUAUCGUACCUGGCCAUAAUCUGGCUGAGGAGGUCUCCGUUCAGGCCUACCUGUGUUCUGAAAGCACACCUUUCACCUGGAUAGGUGGGGCCUUAUUAGAGUAUGUACACGAUGAUGCUCAGGAUCUGGCUGAGUACAUCAUAAUCCACGGACACCGUCUGAGCUGCUCAGAUCACCAGCAGCUCAGCGGUCUCUUCAGCCUGGGGCAGGCCAGCUCUCGGUGGGCCAUGGAUCACAAAGUGGCUCUGGCCAUGGCCAACUUAGAUAUUCCCCCGAAGUGGAACGUUCUGGGCAGCCACAGUGGUGACGAACACAGUCCCAGAGAGUCUCCUCUCCACCUGGCUGUGAGAUGGGGUCUGUAUCGGCUUGCAGAGCUCUUGCUUUGCCAGCCGGGGGGGCUGAUGGCCAUCAAUCUGCCAAACGAAGACGGAGUYUCACCGCUGCAGCUGGCGCAGGCCGCAGGCAACGCUGAGCUCCUGGAGCUGCUCAUGCACCCACCCAACCCCUUGGCCACGCCUCCGGCAGGUCUGUCCCAGGUGUGGGCAGAUGGAUCCCGCUUGCUGAGGUUUUGCCAUGACACGGGGAACCUGACGCUGACCGUCCGACAGAACCUGAGGUGGAGCUCAGAGGAGAGCCGGCACGCCGACAUCCUGCUGCUCAGAGACAGACUCAGGGAUGAAAACUUCCUCAGAGGGAUUAAAGCGCUCAGAAGGGACUAUGUGGAGGCAGUUUCAGAAAAGGAAGAACUCAUGGAUGAUCCUGCAGACAGCGCACUGUAUCCUGAUGGAAAUGGAGAAAACUUUGCUGAAGACAAUGUUCCCAGUUUCUUCUCGGAGGACAGCGAGGAGCCGCUGAUGUUUAUCCUGAAUGAGGAGGACGAAGAGGACGACUCAUCGCGGUCUGACUCUGAGAAAAGUCAGUCCAUCAGGGAGAGCCAGGCCUCGUCCCCGACUCUGGCUGCCGCUGCCAGACUGUCGGCGAUGAUCCACGGGAAAGACCAAGUGUACGCCAACGCCAUGCUGGUCGAUCAGGUGGACGACUCGGAUGUGAAGUAUCGCUCUCUGGGGGAAGAAGAGGAGGUCAGUCCUGUCGCUAUGUCCUGCUGGGAUUCUUUCCCCUCGCCUCCCUUCCACUCAGAGAACUCCUCUCAGAGCCGUUCCCACUYGCCACCGCACCGUGGGCCGAGGGGAAGUCAGGGCCCCGGGCCGGAMAAUCACAAGGAGGCAAACCCUGGCGUCUCUCCCCCUUCUCCGUAUUUUCCUUCCUCUCCCUCGGCUUCCGCCGCCCRUUUGUUCGAGGGAGCAGAGAGGCGUCAGUCUCAGAUGGGUCCUCCACUUUCUCCAGCUGAGAAGCACAGAGGAUGCAGCUCGACAGAAGCAAACCGAUGUCUAAGCCCCAGUCUGGAGUGUGACAGCGAAGACGACGACAUUUUGGGACGCUCAUAUCCCUGUUCAGCAGUAAAGCAAAGGUCCAUUCUGCGGUCCAGCUCCGGAGAGGAGAGAGACUCCUUCGAUACGUCGCCUGAUUUUAAUCGCUCACGCUCUGACGUCACACAGAAAUGCAGCCAGAAUUUAGAGGAUGCAGAAGUCCGUCUGCGCUCCUACUCCUACUCCUCCCCUAAAGCGAAGCCUUCACGGCCACUGCUAAACAGAGACGCAGCUGUCACCGACCUGGAGGAAGAUGGCCGUUUCAGCAGCAGUGGUCGGUCUCUACUUCAGGCUUUAUCUCUCUCUAAAUCCCUAUCUCGCCUCAACCAUGUUAAGCAGAGAGCGUUCAACCUGACCGAAACCCCGAGAGAAAAAAGGGUUCUGGGUUUCCGUAAGYGGGCCCAGUCAGCAGAGGAGGAGAGUACCGCGUCGCUCCAACACCUCACCCUCACAGAGUUCCUCAAAGAGAUUGAAGACGAGGAAUGGGACAGAUACAUAAUCCCAUCGAAGGUUGAGUCGGAGAAGUACAAAGUGAGCCGGACCUUCAGCUUCCUGAAGAGCAGGAUGUCCAGCACCCGCAGCAAAACCAAGGUGAAAGGCAAAGAAGUGAAGGAGGGAAAGUCGGGAACAGCUACCAGGCACCAGUUUGUUCCCGUGUCUCCGUCUGGUUCUUCUCCCUGUGUGGCCUGUGAGAAGUCUGUUUUUGGGAAGGAGCUGUUGCAGUGCUCCAACUGUUUCCUGAAUGUCCAUAAAAGCUGCAGAGAGUCUGUUGCUGCCUGCGGAAAGAAACCGCAGGAGCGGAAUGCAGUUCUGAUGAAAAGCAAGACUAUGUCCACUCUGUGAAAGAAAACUCUUCAUCAUCUUCAUCCUCUUCAGUUUCAACAGUGACCAGAGAAGGGAAAAGAGAAACAGUCACUCUUUUUUCUAAAAGCCAGUCUAUCUCUAUAGACAGCAGAGGGUUGAGUGAACCAGCAGGGGUGGACGGUGACUUCAGCAUGACGGCUUGUACCAACAGCUCACCGUGUGAAGAGGGAACACCUGUGGCAACAACCCCCCCAUCUGUYGACCUGCCCAUCAGCACAAAGGACCCUGUUGACGCUCUCCUGCUGAGUGACCUGUCAGCUGACCUGCUGGGACUCGAGGCCGAGUCGUGGAGCCUCGCAGUCAGUCCAGAGUUUUGCAGACAACACGAYAGGCGCACUGUCAAACGACAGAAUGUUAUCUAUGAACUAAUGCAGACAGAGCUGCACCACAUCGAGACGAUGACGAUCAUGUCGGAGGUGUUCAGGAGGGGCAUGUUGGAGGAGCUGCAGCUGGACUGGGACUGCGUGGCUCGGAUCUUCCCGUCCUUGGACCCUCUGCUGCUCCUACACAAGAACUUCUUCAGAGCGCUGCAGGACCGCCGGCAGGCUGCCACCCGAUCCGACGACUCACAAAAUUACCUCAUUCAACAGAUAGGAGAUGUACUUCUUCAGCAGUUUUCCGACGAAAACGCUGAGAGGAUGAAGCAGGCGUACGGCAAGUUUUGCAGUCACCACAUCGAGGCUGUUAACGUCUUCAAAGAGCUGCAGCAGCAGAACAAGAAAUUCCAAACCUUUGUCAGACAACAGAGCAACAACUCUCUGGUCAAAAGAAAAGAAGUGCCAGAAUGUAUCCUGCUGGUAACGCAGCGCAUCACAAAGUAUCCUUUACUGCUGGAGAGGAUAAUACAGUACACUCAGGAAGGAAGCCCGGAACACUCUGACUUGUCAAGCGCUUUGGCUCAGAUCCGUUCCAUCAUCGCAGCCGUGGACCUGACUGUCAGCCAAUAUGAGCGAUCUCAGGAGCUGCAGGAAGUGCUCGCCAGGCUGGAAACGAAGAGCUUCGCCAAGCUCAAGAACGACAAGGUGUUCCGCAAGCAGGAGCUGCACAGCAGGCACCGAGUUCUGCAGCACAAGGGUCUCGUCUACUGGAAGACAGCCACGGGACGCCUAAAAGACACUUUGGCUCUUUUGCUCACCGAUGUGCUGGUUUUCCUGCAAGAGAAAGACCAGCGGUUCAUAUUUGCAUCUGUGGACCAGAAGCCUCCAGUGAUCCCCCUGCAGAAGCUUAUUGUUCGAGAAGUAGCCAAUGAGGAAAGAGGAAUGUUUCUUAUCUCCGCGUCCUCUGUGGGGCCAGAGAUGUAUGAAGUUCACACCGCCACCAGAGAGGAAAGGAAUGCGUGGAUGAGACACAUCCGGCAGGCUGUGGAGAGUUGUCCUGAGGAAGAGGAGGAGGACGAGCGAGCUGCGGAGACGGAGGAAGCCAGGCAAGCUGCAGAACUGAGAGUUCAGGCGAUUAACAAGUUCCAGGACACGCUGUUUGGUCAGGACCAGCAAAUUUGCCACAGCUUGGAGGAAAAACUACAAAUUUAUGCUGAGCUGACGGAGUUAACCCUCCAUCCACCAGAACCUGUCCCACAUCGCCACCUGCUGGUUCGGCCUGCACAGUACAUCGACAGUGAGACUCCACGUCAGGCCUCUUCACUGCUGACUGCUGCGCUCAGAGAAGCGGAGAACCUGAUCAGCAUCCUUCAGGCUCGGGACGGCCUUUCUGUCCAAACUCAGAGCUCGCCUGUCCGAGCCCCCGAGUGCUGCAGCUACAACAGCCACGGCAGCAGCAUCCAGGAGUCUCCUUCUGAACCGGAUUAUCUGAGCACGCUCAGCAUGAGCUCCGCCUCCCUCGGGUCAGACAGCGAGUUAACCGGGUUGGACAGCGUGUCGUGGACUUCAGCUGUCGAGCUCAAACAAAGAGACACCAAAGGGACACUGUUAAAGGUGGCAGAAAGUGUCCAAAGUCUGACUCAGAUUCUUUAUAGUCUGCAGGCAGCUGUGACCCUGCAGGACAGCUACUUUGAAGUCCACAAACUUCUUCUCCAAGAAGGAGAAAGGCCUCCACUCCGAUGCCUUGCUUCCCUCCAAAGCAGCAUGGACCUGGAGAAACAGAGGAACGCUGACAAGAUGAAAGAAGAAAAGAGGAGUUUGGAGAGGGGGAAAGAGGAUGUGGACGAGGUGCAGAAACUCCAAAGAAAGCUGAAGCAGGAGCAGCAGCACUGGGAGAAAGAGUGUGUGGCCAAAGACAAACAGCAGGGCGAGCAGGAGAAUUUGUUGGAGCAGAGAGAGCAGCGGUGUCUCCUGGAGGCUGAGCGGCUGCGCUGCGACCGCGAGGAGCUGGAGGCCCAGCAGCAGGAGUACCAGCAGAACCUGGAUAGGCUGAAGGAGGGCCAGAUGAGUGUGGAGAGGGAGAAGGAGAAGAUCGAAACCCAACAGAGGCUGCUUCAGAGCUGGAGACACAGCCGCCAGAGCAGCCUGCCCGUCACUUUACCCCUGGAUGGAUACAAGGUGUGCACUCACAGCCGCUCAGGCAGCCUGGAUGCCAACUGUUCAGUGUUCAGGAAGGAGGCGGCCCUGCUGGCCUCGCUGCAGCAGAACCACCUCCACCAGCCCRCGCACUACAACAACCAGCAGCAGCACGCCCUCGCCGCGCACAGGAAGAACCUGGACGGCCCGGCCAGCAGCACCAGCCACGCCGCCAACCCCGGCCUCAGCGCCAGCCUCUACAACAGCCUCAACACCCUGCUGAGUCAGACGCACAGCAGGCAGCCUCCCUACGGUAACAACCACAGCGGUGCCCGACUCCCGCCCGACUCCCUCCACCCGUUCAGCAGCAGGGUCGCCUCAGAGACACAGAGGACCAACAACAGAGACCUCAGCCUGCUGGACAACACACAACCUUCCAGUUCCUGGAGGUCAGAGUUCACAGGUCAUGGUCUUAAUAAGGAAUACAACUCUUCCUCCCCCUCUCUCACCCCCCUCCUCCCACCUCAGGCUUACCUCUCUCUUGACGGACAAAAUGGAGAAGAGGGAGAAGAGGAGAAUAUUGUUUACCUCUGAGACUCAUGAAAUGAGCAAAGCAAGCUGUCGCGUCGAUAACUGAACAAGUAGCUUCUGUGUGUCUGUGUUUGUUUCUAUUUACAUUCAGGAAGUUAAAGUUCAAAUYAUUUGAAGUUGKGUUCUGUGGAAGGGAUAUGAAKAAUUAGUAUCUUACCUGUUCAGGUCAGUUUAAAGAAAGAUUUUAAUUCUGACUGGACUGAGGAGCUAAUGGCUAACUCAAGAGGGGCCAAGAUCAAAGAGGUUUGCGACUGUCUUAACACAAYCUAAUCUGAGAAAUAUCAUAGUGGUUCAUGCAAACAUAACUUUUGCAUUGCAUGGUUAUUCUGGCAGAAAUGUUAAAAUAUUCUUGGAAAAAAUGCAAAAAAACAACAACAA